AUGCUGCGACAACUAGCUGCGCGGCUGCCUCUCGGCAACCGGGCCUCGAUUGCCCCCAGAAGCAGCACUGCAGCCGCCACCGCUCUGCGCCGAACCACUGGCCUUUCCCUCCCUAAACGGACCAUGGCGACAGUCUCCGUCGAGGGCAUCCCCAAGGAACCCACCGACCUCGACCAGAUCACGACCCUGCCCAACGGCCUGCGCGUCGCCUCCGAGGCUCUGCCCGGCUCCUUCGCCGGCGUCGGCGUGUACGUCGAGGGCGGCUCGCGCUUCGAGGACGCCUCCCUGCGGGGUGUCUCGCACAUCAUGGACCGGCUCGCCUUCAAGUCGACCGCCGCGCGGUCUGCCGACGCCAUGCUCGAGCGCGUCGAGGCGCUCGGCGGCAACUUCCAGUGCGCGAGCUCCCGCGAGAGCAUGAUGUACCAGGCGGCCACCUUCAACGCGGCCGUCCCGCAGGCGGUCGAGCUGCUGGCCGAUACUAUCCGCGAGCCCCGGCUGACGGCCGAGGAGGUGGCGGAGCAGAUCGAGACGGCGCGCUACGAGAUCGCCGAGAUUUGGGGCAAGCCGGAGCUGAUCCUGCCGGAGCUGGUGCACACGGCCGCGUACAGGGACAACACGCUGGGCAACCCGCUGCUGUGCCCGGAGGAGCGCCUGGCUGAGAUUGACCGCGACACGGUGCUGCGGUACAGGGAGCGCUUCUACCGCCCGGAGCGCAUGGUGCUGGCGUUUGCGGGCGUCGAGCACGAGGUGGCCGUGGACCUAGCCCGCCAGUUUUUCGGCGACAUGGCCACGACGGCGUCGGCUUCCUCGUCCCGCCGAGGUUCCGAAUCCAGCAUCGCCGCGUCUACUUCUUCCACGUCCUCCGCGAGCAGCAGCAGCGCAGCCGCCUCCUUUUCUACAUCCGCCUCCUCCCACGCCGCCCACACCACCACAUCCUACUCCCCUGCGUACCCUCCCUCGCGGUACACCGGCGGCUUCUUGACGCUGCCCGCGCAGCCUCCAUCGCUGCACAAGACCAACUUCACGCACGUCCACCUCGCCUUCGAGGGCCUGCCCGUCGCCUCGCCCGACAUCUAUGCUCUCGCCACGCUGCAGACGCUCCUCGGCGGCGGCGGCUCCUUCUCCGCCGGCGGGCCCGGCAAGGGCAUGUACUCGCGUCUCUACACCAACGUCCUCAACCAGCACGGCUGGGUCGAGUCCUGCGUCGCCUUCAACCACAGCUACACCGACUCAGGCCUCUUCGGCGUCUCCGCCUCGUGCCUCCCCGGCCACACCAGCGCCGUCCUCGACGUCGUCUGCCAGGAGCUGCGCGCCCUCCCCCUCGAGGCCGGCCUCUCCCGCCUCGGCGAGGCCGAGGUCGCCCGCGCCAAGAACCAGCUGCGCUCCAGCCUGCUGAUGAACCUCGAGAGCCGCAUGGUCGAGCUCGAGGACCUGGGUCGCAGCGUGCAGGUCCACGGCAAGAAGGUGCCCGUAAGGGAGAUGUGCGCCAAGAUCGAGGCGCUCACGGUGGCGGACCUGCGGCGCGUGGCGCGCGAGGUGCUCGGCGGCAUGGCGGGCGGUGGUGGCAGCGGCGCGCCGACGGUGGUGCUGCAGGAGGCGCAGGCGUACGGGCUGACGAGCCACACCAUGACGUGGGACCAGAUCCAGGACCGCAUCGACGGGUGGAAGCUGGGUCGCAAGCCGUGA